AUGACGUCGUACUUGAUCUUCUUGACUUGCAUCAUCAGAUCUUCGAUGACCGCUUCCGAUGCAAGCGUGGUUUUCAAAGAAAAUUCACUACUAGCCACAGCGAAUUUGGACAUCUUCAACAAAUCUUUUUCUGUUAUGAAAGCGACGUUCAGAGGGAACUCUAUAACUGUCUUAAAAAAGGGAAAGAUCCUUCCAGGACACGAAAAAAGCAUACGUGAGCUCGACUUCUCCAAGAAUAGAAUCUCUCAUAUUGAAAGUGGAACGUUCUCAGGAUUCAAAAAUCUCAACAAGCUUUAUCUGAGCUUCAACAGACUGAAUCAAAUUAAAAGGGAUCACUUCUUAGGAUUGGAGGAACUACACCAGCUUUUCCUUGAAAGUAACAAAAUCAAAAAUCUUGCGGAUGGCGUUUUUGAACACCUAACCAAUCUCAGGAAACUGGUCUUAGACGGAAACAAAAUUAAAUUCAGGAUGGGCAUGUUCAUUGGAUUAGAUUCGCUAGAGGAACUGAGCUUAGACAACUGUGGCAUUGAAUAUCUGGACGAGAACGUGUUUGAGCUAUUGCCUCAGCUGAAGAAACUUUCUCUAAGAGGGAAUCCAUUCACAGAAGUGCCUUUAGCCAUCAAAUCUCUCUUCGUUUUGGAAGAUUUGGAUAUUAGCAACACGAACCUAGCCGAGUUGCACGAACAAUCAUUGAAGGCCGAUCAUGUGUUAAAGCAACUCUACAUAUCCGACAUGCCUUUUCUUUACGCCAUCCAAGACUGCGCCUUCUGUGGGCUCCAAAAGCUUGAGGUCGUUCAUAUGGACAACUGUUCACAUCUACGUGAAAUCCACCCCAAUGCCUUCGGUUGGUCUACGCUCAAUGAGAGAAAAGUCGGCACCCUCAAAUAUUUCUAUGUCGAGCACUGUAAACUGCAGAUGAUUAGCGAGGACCUAUUGCCAUGGGAUACAUUGGAUGAAUUGGGAAUAGGAGGAAAUCCAAUCAACUGUAACUGUGAAACAGCCUUUCUCCUCGAUGAUGAGUACUACUCAUAUGAGUACACUAAUACAGUUCCGAAAUGUGCUGCACCGCCAGAGUUAAAAGGUCGUCCACUGACAAAAGUUGCACAAUCAGACGCUUGUCCUUCUAAAGCGAGUGUAGAGAGAAACAGUCGAAUCGCAGGAAUAUUUAUGGUGCUUCUCAUUCUCGUGUUCUGCACCACUGGAAUAUACCUCUGCGUAAUAACCAAACGAUGGGAGAUGUUUUUGCGACACAUUCAGAACCCUCCACUCUUGUACUCAUACCUCGCAAACAAGGAUGAUCAACAAGGGCUUGAGCACGAUUUCCAGUCGCAACCGCAGGACGUUUGA